AUGGGGGUGAUCGUCGGAAAGCUUGGGUACGGCACUUGGGGCACGGCAUGGUUGCGUCGCGACUUGGUGAAUCACCAGCACGUCACGGUAAAGAUAGGGACUCCUCGUGCUUUGGAGAACGAACUCCGUGUCUUGAAACACCUCAAAAGCCUAAACUCCAAGCAUUUCGGCGCCUCCGCUACCCGUCCCCUUAUCGAUGAAUUCGCCAUCGAAGGGGCGGAUGGGGUCUUUCGCUGUGCUGUGCACCCUCCAUUAGCCGCACCCAUCUCUACAUUCAGGAAAGCCCUUCUCAGAACGGGCAUGGGCGGCCUACCGGUCCCCCUGGUCAAAGCUCUCGUGACUUAUCUCCUGGAAGCAGUCGACUUCCUCCACUCGGAGGCAAAAGUUGUCCACACGGACAUACAGGAAAGCAACAUCCUCCUAGGCCUGAACCCAGAAACAGCCACGGCAGACCUCCAAAAAUUCGAGGAUGAAGAAAUCCAAAACCCGUCCCCUCGUAAGAUCAAUGAAGAACGCGUCACUCACGUCUCGAGACAGCUCGUUCCCCCUCUCUACCGCUACGGCCCGCCCACCCUAUGCGAUUUCGGCGAGGCAAGGUUCGGGGAAUACGACAACAUGUUCGACAUUCAGCCAUACCAGUACAGAGCCCCCGAGGUCAUCUUUCAGAUGGGCUGGGAUGAGAAAGUUGACAUUUGGAGUAUCGGGGUGAUGCUCUGGGAUUUGAUCGAGAACAAAAACCUCUUCAAGACUACAGGUGGUCCAGAUAACAAGGAUGGCAACAACUACCACGUGGCGCACAUGAUUGCGCUGCUCGGACCUCCGCCCAAAGACUUCCUGGAGCGAACCAAGGAGACUCGUUUGUGGAAUUGGUUUGACAAAGACACGGCAUCUUGGUCGAGUCCUGACAUCGUCCUAUCUAUCUUCUUCUCAGGCGCUUGGAAAGAUGAAGCAGAGAUUCCAGCCCAAACCCUUGAAAAUACCAUCACACGCAUGGAAGGCGAAGAGAAGGCACUCUUCAUCAACUUUGCGCGACGAAUACUAAAGUGGAAGCCAGAAGAACGUUGUAGUGCAAAGGAGCUGAGCGAGGACCCGUGGAUUCGCUCAAGAUUCCCUUGA